UCUCUCUCCCAUCUCCAUUGUAUAUAUCUAUAUAUAUAGUACAUGCAACCUAUCUAGCUAGCAAUUUCUAUCAUUCAAAUCCACCUCCCCUGACCAUGGCAGAUCAGCAGAGAAUUCAUCCGGUCCCGGACGCGGAUCCGGAGAGGUCGCCGCGACCCACAGCUCCGUUGGUGCCCAGAGGCUCUUUCCGGUCGGAGAAGGGCGAUCCGGAGCAGCCGACGCCAUUUCCGGCGCCGUUACGGAGGACAAUCCCAUACUCACCUUCAAAGCCUCCAAAGAAGAGAAGCUGCUGCGGGAGAUGCGUGUGUUGUACGUGCUGCUUUCUCUUCUUCCUGAUCGUCGCCAUAGCCGCGUCGGCGGGGAUCUUGUACCUUGUUUUCCGGCCGAAGAUCCCGAAAUACUCGGUCGACAGCCUGAGAAUCACUCAGCUCAACCUCGACAACGCCAACAGCCUCUCCGCGACGUUUAACGUUAACAUCACGGCCAGGAACCCGAACAAGAAGAUCGGGAUAUACUACGAGGGCGGCAGCAAUCUCAGCGUUUUCUACGCCGGAACUAAGCUCUGUGAAGGGUCGCUGCCCAAAUUCUACCAGGGCCACCGCAACACCACCGUGCUCAGCGUCGAUUUAUCCGGCCAAACCGACAACGCCUCCGGGCUGAUGCAGUCCCUGCAGGCGCAGCAGCAGACCGGAACCAUCCCGUUGAACCUGAGGGUGAAGGUUCCGGUGAAGCUCAAGGUGGGGAAGUUGAAACUCAUGAAAUGGAAGUUCUUGGUGAAGUGCAGGGUGAAUGUGGAUAGCUUGAGACAGGAUAACGUUAUCCGGGUUAGGGAUAGCAGUUGCAAGUUUCGGUUUAGACUCUAAACUCUCUCUGAUCAUAUUUUUCACGUCACCACCUGAGCCACCAUCACUUUUCAUAUUUAUUUUUUUCAUAUUAUUAUGCAUUUUUUUGAAGGCUUGCUUCAUAGAUCACAUAGCUUGGAGGAGAUUAUAUUGUUUUUUUUUUUUUUUCUUGGGAUAAUAAUGAUAGAUGAUGACAUAUUGAUAUACACAAAUCAUCUGUAUGACUGUAUUGUAUAUUUAUAGAAUGUACCACUAGCUUCUAUUUGUUAGUAUGCUAUGUAUAAUAAAUUUCCUUGUUCUUUAA